AUUUGUUUGAAAAAAGAAAGCAAAAGCCCAAGAACUAAAGAGGGACUAAUUAGAGAGAUGGGUAGAGUAAAGCUCCAGAUCAAGAGGAUUGAGAAUACAACUAACAGGCAGGUCACUUUCUCAAAAAGGAGAAACGGGCUUAUCAAGAAAGCUUACGAGCUUUCUGUUCUCUGUGAUGUUGAUGUUGCUCUGAUCAUGUUUUCUCCGUCUGGAAGAAUUAGUCUCUUCUCCGGGAAAAAAAGCAUUGAGGAGAUUCUGGGACGGUUUGUCAAUCUUUCAGAGAAUGAGCGAGGACGACUGCGUAAUAAAGAGUUUCUACUAAAGGCACUUGGUAAGCUAAGGGGUGAAGCCGAUCAAUCCUGCCAAGCAGCCAGCCCAGUAAGCACUGAUUCCCAACUUGAGGAGUUUCAACAAGAGAUCCUUAAAUGCAAGUCCCGAAUUGUGGACAUGGAGAGACGACUAAGGAUAUUUGAAGGUGAUCCCUCCGAAAUCACAACCUUGUGUCAGGCUGAGUUCCACGAGCAGAUCCUAGAGGAAACAUUGAAGCAAGUGCGCUUGCGCAAGCAAGUUUUACAGGAAAAAUAUAGUUCGCCUGGUCCACCACCAACUACACAGGUACAUCUUCCUCCAGAGACUGCAGAUGUAAAUGGUUUUGUUACUGGAAGUUCAAGCAGUAUCUUGGAAUGGAUACCGCAAAGAGACCCUCAGGUUCAGAUUUUGAACUUUUUGGGUUCAAAUGGUCUUCUUCCGCCAAGAGAUCAAUCACAACCAGGUGCUGAAAAUAUCUUACCACCACCGCAAUCGACUCUCCUUCAUGGAGAGGAAAUAAAUGUUGACGAUCAGUUGAGCCCUCGAAGUGGUUUGGAGAACGACAAUAUUGUGCAACGCCCUGAGUUUGGCAACUUGUCCCCUUGGACUGAGCUCUAUCCAACAGGGAAUGAUCCUUUUCCAGAUACGCAGCCAGGAGGACGAGCACUCCUCGAACUAUAUUUGUCUCAGUUUACACCCUCAUCCAUCUCGACAAUGAACCAACACUAGACAUGAUUCUGUAGUGUACUACCCAUGGUUUUUUGCUGGGUUCCCUUGAGAUUUGGUGUUGGUGGGGUAGUGUCGUCUUGCUUUGAGAUUAUUAUGUGCUGUGCUUGUAUUUAUCCUUGAUUCUGUGACUAUAAUUUUUGACGCUUUUUCAGUACGUCAAGCGGUUAAAAGCUAAUUCGACCACCGGCUCUGGGCCCAGUGGUCACCCAAAGGGAGAGGUUGAUUUUCAGGAUCGGAUCCAGGUCCUC